AUGAAGUUCCUCUUCACAGCCACCCUAGCCGCGCUGGCGAGCGUCGUCGCGGCCUCGCCGACGCCCACCGUCAACAUCCAGAAGCGGGCGACCGCCGAUGACGUUGCCGACAUUGGCUAUGCCACGACCAACGGCGGCACUUCUGGCGGCUCUGGCGGAACCACCACCACGGUGUCCGACUUCGCCUCCUUCAGCGAGGCAGCCAAGGGCGACGCGAAGAAGAUCAUCAUCGUCGACGGCAACCUCAGCGGCGAGGGCUCGGUCAGGAUUGGCGACAACACCAGCGUCCUCGGCAAGAAGGGUGCCACCAUCACGGGCAUCAACCUCACGAUCAAGGGCGUCAAGAACGUCAUUGUGCGCAACCUUGUGCUGAGCAAGGUGGUGGGCGGCGACUGCAUCACGGUGCAGGAGGCCACCAACGUGUGGCUCGACCACCUGGACAUCAGCGGUGAUUUGAGCGUUGACAAGGACUACUACGACGGUCUCAUCGACAUCACCCACGCCGCCGACUGGGUUACUGUUUCCAACGUCCACUUCCAUGACCACUGGAAGGCCUCGCUCGUCGGACACUCCGACAGCAACGCGGACGAAGACACCGGCACGCUGCACGUCACCUACGCCAACAACAAGUGGACCAACAUCAGCAGCCGCACGCCCUCCAUCCGCUUCGGCACCGGCCACAUCUACAACAACUACUACUCCACCAUAACCACCUCCGGCGUCAACACCCGCAUGGGCGCCAUCGUGCUCGUCGAGUCCAGCACCUUUGUCGACGCCAAGCGGGCCAUCACCUCGCUCGACUCGGACAUCACCGGCUCCGCUGAGGUGCGCGACGUCGACCUUGGUGGCUCGACCAACGAUGCCCCCGAGGGCUCGUUUGGCACUGUGCCGUAUGAGUAUGAGGCUGUGGGGGCUGCUGGGGCCGAGGCUGCUACUGCGGGGGCUGGGGCUACGCUGGACUUUUAG